CCAUGUCCGCUCCUCCACGCCACAUCGCCAUCGUCGGCGGCGGCAUCAUCGGCGUGUCGACGCUGCACUACCUCGCCGCCGCGCGUGCGCGCCUGGCGCCGGGCAGCACGCUGCUGCUCCUCGAGGCCGCGCCGCACGUGGCCAACGCCGCCAGCGGCAAGAGCGGCGGCUUUCUUGCGCGCGACUGGCACGGCGCCGCCACCGCCAGCCUGGCGGACCUCAGCUUCGGCCUGCACGCCGAGCUCGGCCGCGCAGAGGGCCACCGCUGGGCAUGGCGCGAGGUCGAGACGCUCUCGCUCAACUUCGACUCGUCCAAAUCGCGCUCCAAGUGCCCCAAGGCGCUGGACUGGGUCGAUGCCGCGCACGUCUCCUCCACUGCGUCCCUCGGCGGCUCUGGCUCGACGGCACAGGUGACGCCGGGCCUGCUCGUCGAGUAUCUGGCGGGCGAGGCGGCCAAGCUGGAGGGCGUCGAGAUCCGCUGCGAUGCACAGGUUGACGGCGUGGAGAUGCACGACGGCAAGGUGAAGAGCCUCAGCUGGAGCGAGAAGGGCAGCAAGGAGAGUCGCGAAGUGACGGACAUCGUGUUUGCUGCUGGACCAUGGACAGGCAAGCUGCUCUCCAAGCUCUUUCCCACACGCGACGCCUCGCUGCCCAAGUUCGUGCAGAACGCGAAGCACAUCGACGGCUCGCGCGCACACAGCGUCAUCAUCGAGGGCACCGGACCGACGACAAACCACUGCCUCUUUACCGAGAUGCGCUUCGACGCUGGGAAAGGGUCCAAGGCGGCAUCGCCGGAGGUGUACGCGCGCAGCGACGGCACGGUCUACGUCUGUGGCGGCACCGACGACGUGCCGUUGCCCGCACCGACUGCACGCGUCGAGCCCGACCGCAAGGCCACGGCACAGCUGCUGGAGCAGGCCGGCGUGCUCUCGCCAAAGGUGCUUGCCACGUCGGCGGGCGCCAAGGUGCGCGCCGAGCAGGCCUGCUACCUGCCCGUCUCGAGCGGCACGGGCAACCCCGUCGUGGCAUACGACGGGCCCAGCGGCCUCGCCGUCGCUGCGGGACACUCGUGCUGGGGCAUUACGCUUGGCUUGGGCACGGGCAAGGUGCUGCAGGAGCUGUUGCUCGACGGCAAGGCCACCAGCGCCGACAUCAGCCGGCUAGGCUGAGCCGCUCUUUGUGCUGGAGAGGAAUGCAAUUAUCAAGAGCAUGCU